CACCCUCGCUGCCCGCCAUGACGGACCCCUUCCCGCCGCACCUCUCCUCGCCGCUGCUCUCGCUCGACCACAUCCGCGCCGUGCUGCAGCGCCUCGAGGACACGAUCCUCUUCCAGCUCAUCGAGCGCGCGCAGUUUGCCAAGAAUGCGCGCAUGUACGAGCCCGGCGCGUUCAAGGAGCUCAAGGAGCGCGAGCAGUGGGACGGCAGCUGGGUCGAGUGGUUCCUGCGCGAGACGGAGGCGGCGCAUGCCAAGUGCCGGCGCUACGAGUCGCCCGACGAGUACCCGUUCACCGACCCGGCGCUGCUGCCCAAGCCCAUCCUGCCGCCGAUCGAGUACCCCAAGGUGCUGUACGAGCGCUCCGUCGUCAACGACAACAAGCGCAUCUGGGAGUGGUACCGCGACGAGGUCGUGCCCACAAUCACGCGGCGCGUCGAGAUGGGCGACGACGGGCAGUACGGCAGUGCGGCGACGCGCGACGUCGAGGUGCUCUCGGCCCUGUCGCGCCGGAUACACUUUGGCAUGUUCGUGUCCGAGUCCAAGUUCCGCUCCGCGCCCGCCUCGUUCAUCGGGCCGAUCCAGAGCCGCGACCGCGACGCGCUCGAGGCGCUCAUCACCAAGCCCGCCGUCGAGGCGGCGCUGCUCGUGCGCCUCGAGGGCAAGGCCGAGGUGUACGGGCAGGACCUGAACACGGGCGACGAGAGCCGCCGCAAGAUCGACGCAAAGGAGGUCGUGCGGCUGUAUCGCGAGUUUGUCAUCCCAGAGACAAAGGUGGUCGAGGUCGACUACUUGCUGAAGCGACUCGACGGCCUCAGCGAGGCCGACAUCGAGGAGCUGCGGCAGUCUCGAGCAUCGUAAUGUCAUGCGGUGUACGAUUAGGCAGGUCUAUCAGGC